CGCUCAUCAACAUGCAAUGGAUUCGCCUGCUGCCGUGCGACGUCGCCGUAGACGGAGAGUGCCAGACGAAAACCGAAAAAGGGCUCCGCGUGCAUGCACCUACUGUAAGGCGAGGAAGAGCAAAUGCAUCGAAACAUCUCGCGGUGUUUGCCAGCGAUGCAUGCAGAGCUCCUUGAACUGCAAGUUCGAACGACGGCUGAGUACUUCGAGCGAGAUGGAGACGCCGUUAGAAUCUCACAUCAGUCCCUCGGCAACCUUCGAGACAGAUAGUCCGGCUGAGCGUUUCAUGUGGCCACGAUUCUUAUCCAAACUACGCGAAACCUUCUCCCUGGAGGCAGCCAGUACAUCAGAAACACAGCCUUCGAUAUUGCCACCUGUUCAAACACCAAGGCAUUCGCCGGACUCUGCCCAUAGAGUUUGUGAAGCAGCUCGAGCUUUUCCACCUCAAGCAGUUGCACGCUUUCUUCUCUCUGUUUGCAACGAACAUGGCACGGACUCCUUCCACUACUUCCACACAGCCCAAUUCUCCGCUGAACUAGACGAGUUCUAUGCUAGUCCAAAUUCCCCUUUAAGGCUCGAUAGUGCCUUCGUAUGCCUUGCGCAUGCGACUUUCGCAUUAGGGAGCCAAUGGGCUACGUUGGUGCGACCUAAAGACACGAGAACGGCUCCUUCUCCACAAGAUGGUGACCCUGGACGGCUUUUCUAUCAACAGGCUCGUAGUCUCAUUCCGGACAUCAUCGAGCUCAACUCAAUCCGUACCGUCCAAGCAGCAUUUGUCAUCGGUGUAUACCUCCUGCCCGCUAGUGCCAUCAGUUCAUCCUACGUCUACCUUGGUCUGGCUCUCAGAAAAGCUUUGGCACUCGACCUGCAUCAAGAGACUGAGGAAAUACACAUCAGCGACACCGAAAGGGAACUCCGUCGGAGAUUGUGGUGGGCUGUGUACUCCCUGGAAAGAUGCACAACCGUGAAGUUAAACAGACCGAGGUCCAUCGACGCGGCCAUUGUUACUGUGAACCUACCAACAUUGCUCCCUGCACUCGAUUCUCAGCAGGCUUUCGACAAUGUCGACCAUCAGGUAGCGAAUGCACAACUCAUGUUGAUUUUGGAUCGAGUUGAUGAACCUAUUGCAAGACGAGAACCUUCAAAUGACGUGGAGACCGCUCUGAAGCAUUGGAAGCGCUCUCUACCACCCACGCUGAAGCUAGAGUCAAUACAUCCACGGUCGUCGAGUUACCGAGCCACCUUCCACCUAUACCUCAAUUACUACUUCGCAAGGAUUGCGAUGGGAAAAGUGAGCGUUGUGGCGCGGGUUCGAUUGUAUCUGAGGAACCGCCUUGGUCGAGAUGCCCAGCCUACACCUGAAGACCAUACCGAUCAUCUCUCACAAUCCUGCAUCAAAGCAGCGAAGAAGAUACUGCGGCUGUACGAAGAUGUCCGUCGAACAGGAAGCUUGACGCGCUUUUCCUUCACUGACUUUCAAGGUUGCAGUGUAGCAACAUCGCUUGUGCUGUUAGCGGGCAUAUUAGAACGCGACUCGGACUACGAUAGACAUGUGAACUUCGGCCUGGAUAGCCUUCGAAAGAUGGCGGAAGGGAAUGCCACUGCUACAGCUGGACUGAAGUUUGUGGAAGCUCUACGAUCCAUUGCUGAAGAAGCUGUGCAGAGGCUGCAUCAGCACAGCGCAGUUGCAUCGAGUGUAGCGCAAGACUUUUUGCAGACAGCAGACUACAGUACCUGGGCCGACUGGCUCGCUCGUCAACCAAGACAGUUGUGUGGCAUUGAAGGGUCAGAGACUCGUACCCCCUUAGACACAGAGGGUCUAUCCACGUCCACAGGCGGCGAAUUUUCAGAAUCUCAGCGUUCAAUAGACUUCGCCACCUGGGACGGAGCUGCCGCGCUACAACGGCUCUCAUUACCUUCUAUGAUCACACCGUCUGGAGGCUUUCAGUACGAUGUCGCCACCACAUCGGCGGACAUGCUCGAUCCUGCGAUGUUCACGAUAGACUAUAACGAAGACACGAUGUUCCUUAUGGGUUUGACUGGAUUUGAUAUGAUGGGUUUCGGUUUUCAGGAUUGACAUGGUGGCUUUUGAUACUGUCGAAAUUACUUCUCACAAUGCCCUCACAACGCGGGCCUCAGCCGGAUUGCCAUCGAGUCUUCUGCGAUUUCGGCCCAACGACUUUUGUAUACCCG